GUCAAGUCCCUUUAAAAAAAAAAAAAAAGUGAAAUACAGUAUUGUGCAUCUUGAAAUCUGAAACCGAGAAACAGAAGUGCACGGGAAACAAGGGGGAAAGUCUUGCAAUUCCCGUGGACAACUGUGGCGAGUGGAGUUUUAAGGAAUACAAUAUACAUCUAUAGCUUUUAAAGGUCAUUGAAUGGCUUUUGUGGAGAAACCUGUGAAAUAAAGGAGCCUUGGAAGAAGAGAUUUCUUUUUCUCCUCCUCUCUGGAUAUAAUGGCCAUUGCAAAGCAAAGCAUCUUGAGAUUUGGCUUCAAGUGUGCCUUCCUAGCAAUUUUUACACUCACCUGUGAUGGACACAGCGGGAAGAGAGAGAAUGGUGGUCCUGCCUGCUACGGAGGAUUUGAUUUGUAUUUCAUCCUGGACAAGUCAGGAAGUGUCCUGCAUCACUGGAACGAGAUUUAUCAUUUUGUGGAGCACCUGGCCCGCAAGUUCAUCAGCCCUCAGCUGAGGAUGUCCUUCAUUGUUUUCUCAACCAGAGGGACAAUUCUAAUGAGGUUAACAGAAGACAGGGAGCAGAUCCGCCAGGGCCUGGAGGAGCUGCAGAAGGUGCUGCCAGGAGGGGACACGUACAUGCACGAAGGAUUUGAGAGGGCAAGUGAGCAGAUUUACUACGAGAACGUUCACGGUUACAGAACUGCCAGUGUCAUCAUUGCAUUGACAGAUGGGGAGCUCCACGAAGAUCUAUUUUUCUACUCUGAGAGGGAGGCGAACCGCUCGCGGGACCUGGGGGCCACCGUGUACUGUGUGGGUGUGAAGGACUUCAACGAGACCCAGCUGGCCCGGAUUGCUGACAGCAGAGAUCACGUCUUCCCCGUGAACGAUGGCUUUGAGGCCCUGCAGGGCAUCAUAGACUCUAUUUUGAAGAAGUCCUGUAUAGAAAUCCUGGCAGCAGAGCCCUCCAGUAUCUGUGCAGGGGAGUCCUUCCAGGUGGUGGUCAGGGGGAAUGGCUUUCGCCAUGCCCGCAACGUGGACCGGGUGCUCUGCAGCUUCAGGAUCAACGACACGCUCACUCUCAAUGAGAAGCCUUUCGUGGUGGAGGACACCUACCUGCUGUGCCCAGCACCUGUGCUGAGGGAAGUUGGCAUGGAAGCAGCUCUUCAAGUCAGCAUGAAUGAUGGGCUGAGCUUCAUCUCCAGCUCUGUCAUCAUCUCCAGCACGCACUGUUCCGACGGGACCAUCCUGGCCAUCGCCCUGCUGAUCCUCUUCCUCCUGCUGGCCUUGGCUCUGCUCUGGUGGUUCUGGCCCCUCUGCUGCACUGUGAUCAUCAAGGAGCCUCCCCCACCUCCCGCAGAAGACAGCGAGGAGGAAGAUGAUGAUGGGCUGCCAAAGAAGAAGUGGCCAACGGUGGAUGCCUCUUACUACGGAGGGCGAGGCGUGGGCGGCAUCAAACGGAUGGAGGUGCGCUGGGGGGAGAAGGGCUCCACGGAGGAAGGUGCCAAGCUGGAGAAGGCCAAGAAUGCCAGAGUGAAGAUGCCAGAGCAGGAGUAUGAGUUCCCUGAGCCCAGGAGCCUGGGGAGCAGCAUGCGCCGGCCCUCGUCCCCUCGGAAGUGGUACUCGCCCAUCAAGGGGAAGCUGGAUGCCCUCUGGGUCCUGCUGAGGAAGGGCUACGACCGCGUGUCCGUGAUGCGUCCCCAGCCAGGAGACAAGGGCCGCUGCAUCAACUUCACGCGGGUGAAGAACACGGAGACCCCCCCCAAAUACCCUCUGAACAACUCCUACCCCUCUGCCCCCCCCCCAGCGCCCAUCUACACCCCCCCGCCCCCCGCCCCCAUCUACACUCCCCCUCCCCCCAGCUCCCCCCACGCCCCCUCCUCCACGCUGCCCCCGCUGCCCCCCCCGCCCCAGGCACCCCCUCCCAGCCGGGCGCCCCCCCCGUCCCGGCCCCCCCCCCCGCCCCACGGCCUAAGGGGGUCCCCCCACUCCGCCAGAGGUGUCCCGGGGCUCUCUCAGCAGUACUGUACCCACCCGGCUGGGGGACCCCAGCCCCUGCCCCAGGUGGCAGCAGCACCAGCCACCCUGCAGGCGUCCCCCCCUUUCCUCUUCUAGAACCUUCUCUCCUCUCUUCACCCCCUCGAGCAUCAGUGCCACAAACUCGGGAAGCCAGAGCAGCCAAGGAGAGCUCCAGUUCGUCCCGGGCACGGCGGCUGUGCCACCUCCCGGUGCCCUGUGCCAGCACGGGGACCUUCCGGAGGAAGGGCACGGGUGACCCGGCGAGCUCCGUGCCAGGGAGAGCCCCGGGCAGGGUUGCACAGGACUGGCAGCAGUGCAGAACCCCCGCCAGGUGUGCACACCUGCACCUGGCACACCUGGAACCCCUGGCACAUCUGACACACCUGGCACACCUGGCACGCCUGGAACACCUAGAACACCUGGCACACCUGGGCACGCCUGGAACACCUGCACGGGGCCAGGGACAGCUCUCGCUGCCAGGGGCAGUGCCAGGGGCAGCUCUGCAGACACAGAAGUGGUGCCAGGCACCCUUCCCACCCAGCAGGAGCCGCAGAGGGGAAGGUGCUGUCACCUCCGGGAAGGUGCUGUCACCUCCGGGGGUUCGGGAG